AUGGGCCCCGUUUACGAGGCCGCUCUACUUGGCGUGACGAGCCUAACUAAAGAGGCGCUCGACGAGGUGAGGACCUACCGGGAGCCUCCGGACGGUGUCAAGAUCUGCAUGAAAACCGUCUGCAUGCUUUUAGGCCGUGAAGAGAGGUAA